AUGACAUUCCUCAUCAAAGGAAAGAGGCUCCGCCGUAGCGUUGCUUUCAAACAACGAAGAAUGCCAGUCGGAAGCGCGAAUACAGCUUCAGAUGCUUCGUCUUCCGCCUCCAGUACCUUUGACCGUUUAUUGUACGGAAAUCACCAAACCCAGGAUCAACCCCAGCGGCCAGGCUUUGUCAUCGAAGAGACCUCCGCUGAAGGCGAGGCUAUUGAUCCUAGCUACACGACCUGGAAAAGACCCUUCACAAUGUCGGCAAAAGCAGCGACCGCGAGCUUGAUUCCCGAUCUUUACACGUCACUACCUCUGAUCAGAGAUCUUCUCAAUACCCAGACAUCCCAGGUCCAAGACAAGACUAUUUGCGAAAUCCUCCCCUUUCUUUCCGGGGCGGAACAUAUACAUGUCAACGCACAUGGACUACCUCAUCUGGCUAGAAAGAGACAUGUGCAAUUCCUUCACAAGAACUUGCGGAAGCUUCCUGCUCCAUACGUUGCGGCUGAUGCGAGCAGACCAUGGAUGUUUUAUUGGGUCCUAGCAGGUCUUCAUGCGCUGGGAGAAGAUCUUUCGGAAUAUAAGGAGAGACUUAUAUCUACUGUUCGGCCUAUUCAGAAUGCCACAGGAGGAUUUGGUGGAGGAAAUGGCCAGAUGUCACAUUUAGCACCUACAUAUGCCAUUCUACUAUCUUUGGCUAUGGUUGGCGGGAAAGAAGCUUUCGAUCUCAUCGACCGCAAAGCAAUGUGGAAGUGGCUUGGGGCUUUGAAACAACCUGACGGAGGCUUCCAGAUGGCGGUAGGAGGCGAGGAAGAUGUACGUGGAGCAUAUAUCGCAGUUGUAAUAAUGACCCUCCUCGACCUACCCCUAGAACUACCACGAGAAUCUCCUGCUUGGUCACGUGAAGGGUCAACGUUCCUCACAGGCCUCCCUGAAUGGGUCGGGCGAUGUCAAACAUUUGAAGGUGGGAUAUCUACAAAGCCGGAUGCGGAAGCUCAUGGGGCCUACGCCUUUUGUGCCUUAGCUUGCUUGUGUAUUAUUGGCGACCCACAUGUUAUAAUUCCCAAGUACCUUGACGUACCCCUUCUCAUAUCAUGGCUUUCGGCUCGCCAAUACGCUCCGGAAGGUGGCUUUGCGGGACGUACGAACAAACUAGUAGAUGGUUGCUAUAGCCAUUGGGUUGGAGGCUGUUGGCCUCUUGUUGAAGCUUGUGUCAAUGGUCCAUCCUCUCCCGGUGCUGGCAAUGGCCCUCAGUCGUCUGUAAGAAGCCUUUACAGCAGAGAAGGCCUCAUCAGAUACAUUAUGUGUUGCUGUCAAGACCAGUCAAAGCGUGGAGGGCUACGAGAUAAGCCAAGCCACUCAUCUGACUCCUACCACACAUGUUAUGUCCUAGCAGGACUUAGCUCAGCACAACAUAAAUGGCAUUUCAACGCCUCGCCCAUGGAGAUGGAAAGCAGUGGAACGCUAAGCUCGCCCUAUCAGUGGACAUCCGAGAUCUUUGUUGAAGAUUCGCAGAUAUACGACGAAGAGGAUCGAUUAAAAACCUUACAUCCAGUCUUUGUGAUUUCCGAAGGUGCUGCCGAGGAAAUGAGAGCUUAUUUCUCCUCAAAGGGUGGGUUCUAG